UAUAAAGAGGAGACAUCAUAUGUUGAGCCAUACCAUAUGCCAAGAUCAGAAGUGCCCACUAAUGUCGAAGCCAAGGUUGGAGGGUAAAGUGGCAAUUAUAACCGGCGGUGCCAGCGGCAUUGGUGAAGAGGCAACCAGAUUAUUUGCAGAGAAUGGAGCUUCAGUCGUGGUGGCCGACGUCCAAGAUGAAUUGGCCCAUCGACUCAUUGCGUCCAUUGGCUCGAACGACAGAGUAAGUUAUUACCACUGCGACGUAAGAGACGAAAAACAAGUCGAAAAGAUGGUUUCCUACACUUUAGAAAAAUAUGCAAGUCUUGAUAUAUUGUUCAGCAAUGCUGGAAUCAUGGGCCCUUUAACCAGCAUAUUGGAACUUGAUAUUCAAGCCUUUGACAACACCAUGGCUAUAAAUGUGCGCGGUGUUGCCACUACAAUAAAGCAUGCCGCGCGAGCAAUGGUAGCGAGAAAAAUUAAGGGGUCGAUAAUUUGUACUGCGAGCGUGGCAGCGUGCCUAGGCGGAGGCGGCCCUCAUGCUUACACCAUAUCGAAACAUGCUAUAGUGGGACUGGUUCGAACGGCUUGUAGCGAACUUGGUGCGCAUGGAAUUCGAGUGAACUGUAUUUCGCCUUUUGGGGUGGCGACGCCUCUUUCGUGCAAGGCUUAUAAUCUUGAACCGAGUCAAGUUGAAGAGAAUACUUGUGCCGUGGCCAAUUUGAAGGGAAUUGUUUUGAAGGCUAGGCAUGUGGCCGAGGCGGCGCUGUUUCUAGCAUCGGAUGAAUCGGCCUAUAUCAGUGGCCAGAAUUUGGCAGUCGACGGUGGCUUUACGGUGGUUAGCAAUAGUUUCACCUCCUUGUAAGAGGGCUGCGGGCGUACCUACCUACCUAUCUACCCACCCACCCUACCAGCUUCUAUUCUCUUUUUCUAAUAUAUAUAUAUUAAAUGUAAAAGAAUGGAAUUAAGUUUAUGUAUUUUUUCUUCUAGUCAAACCUUGUGAACAGCACUUGCCAUGUGCUUUUCCUAGUAUUAUGCUAGUUUUAUCGUUUUCCAGCUUUCGAAAUUCAUUUAACUUUGUCUGUCA